AUGAGGCCGAGCCAGGCCCUGGAUCCUCUCACUGAACAGCAUCGUCGGCGCAUUUUUUGGGAGUGCUACGUGCUUGAUCGCUACAGCUCUGGUAUUCUGGGCAGACCUUUCGCUAUCGCGGAGUCUGACAUCGAUGUGCCACUUCCGUUCGACGCAAACGACGAAUACAUCAUCAGCGCUGGCAUGUGCAGUCUCGACUCGAUACCACCGACACCUGGUGCCGCGAGUGGUACGAUCUUGCCGGAGUUUAAAUCUGUUGGUCACGUCUAUUCCGCUUUUGCGCAAUAUCGGAAAGAGCUGAGAGACUGGCGGUCAACAGCACCGAUCUUCCCAUCACCACGUUCCCUAUACGAGCGAGCCGAAUGGCACGACUUUCUGCUUGAGAAGGACUUGCUCCUGCUAGCAAGAGGCGCGAUGCACAAUAUACCUUCCAGACCGUAUGCUGGCGCUGCUGUCAAAGAGAUACUCAUUGCUUGCUACGUAUCGGCCAGUCGCAUCAUUGAACUCUACGCAGACCUGAUGGACAAGCGAGCCAUAACAUGGACACGCAGCUAUUUCCAAGUCAUCUUCACAGCGGGUUUAACUGUGACUUUUUGUGUACGUCUCGCGGACACAGAGAUCCACCAACGCGAUCCUGUCAAGACGCUUGACGUAUGCAGUGGCAUAUUAUCGUUCUUCAAGGAUAAAAUGCCCGAUGCGGGGUCUGCGGCUGUAGUGUUCGAUGUUCUGAAGGACGAAUGCCUCAAAGACAAGUCACACCCAAUGAACCCUACGACUGCUGCUGCAGUCCCCAUGAAUGCUAGUACGGCACAUACGAACCAGCUUCCCUCCGACGCCAGCUCUCAUGAAGUUCACCAAGCUUACAACGCGGCAUUUGAGGCAUUGUCGCAUGACAACAAUGAACUGAAUCUCAACAUGGAUCAUUUCAAUAUGAACUAUGCAUUGGAUUCCCAAGAGCUCAGCCUCGACCUCACUGAUGACCUCAUGAUGCAACUAGAGGCAGGGCUUGGCGAGUAUGCAUGGGGAUCAAUACCGACGGACGGUAACUUUUGGGAUCAAAUGCCAUUCAAUUAUUGA